GCGCUGCGUGCCGGGAGGUGUGGCUGUGGCAGGCGGGCGCGGGCAGGCAGGCUGGCGGUUGGUGAACGGUCGCCAGUAUGGCGGCGGGGAAUGGGUCACUCUCGGAUUUCGCCGAGAGCUUCAGUGAUUCGUUUUGUCCGAAAUGCUCCGGCAUGGAGUUGGCGGCCACUGCCAAGUGGGUUCGACUGAACGUCGGCGGCACUCGGUUCCUGAGCACCCGGCAGACCCUGUGCCGCGAUCCCAAGUCAUUCCUGUACCGACUGUGCCAAGCCGACCCGGACCUGGACUCAGACAAGGAUGAUACUGGUGCUUACUUAAUUGAUCGAGAUCCCACCUAUUUUGGCCCAAUCCUGAACUAUCUGCGACACGGGAAGCUGGUUAUUAAUAAAGAUUUAGCAGAGGAAGGUGUACUGGAGGAAGCAGAGUUUUACAACAUCACGUCACUAAUAAAGUUAGUGAAAGACAGUAUCAGAGAAAGAGACACCAAAACAUUACAGUUCCCAAUGAAACAUGUCUACCGAGUGCUACAGUGCCAAGAAGAGGAACUCACCCAGAUGGUAUCGACAAUGUCUGAUGGAUGGAAGUUUGAACAGCUGGUCAGUAUAGGUUCCCCCUAUGGCCUCGGGCGGGACCAUCAGUCAGAAUUUCUGUUGAUUGUGUCGCGGGAAGUGAAGGGGGAGGAGACCAGUUUCCACAACAGCAGCAGCGAGCUGGUCAGUAUGGGCUCUUCCUACAACUAUGGGAAUGAAGAUCAGGCUGAAUUUCUUUGUGUGGUCUCCAGAGAGUUGCAUAAUACUCCUUAUGGCACAGAUUCUGAACCCAGUGAAAAGGCCAAGAUUCUGCAAGAACGAGGAUCACGGAUGUGAAGUCAGUAUUGACUUUGGCCAUGGAAGGAGUUUUAAGUUAUUGUACUGUCAGAAGAAAUGCAAAUUCAAACAGAGACCAACCUAAGAGUUCUGUGACAUGAACAUUUCUUGCAACAUCCUUAAACAUCGAUUGUUUUUUCUCUGGCUAUCUUUCUCGCUAUCAUUUUCUCACUGCCUUUCUCGCUAUUGCAAUCUCACUCCCUAUUGUGUUCUUGUGCUUUCUCGCUAUCAAUUACCCACUUGCUUUCUUGUUAUGACCUCCUCACUCUUUGAUAUCUGACACUUUCUCACUAUUGCUCUGUUACUCUUUCUUGCUACCAUUUUCUCACUGCCUUUCUUGCUAUUGCUUUCUCACUGUCUUUCUCAUUGUAGUCUUCUCAGUCUUUCUUGUUAUCAAUACUUCACUUAGUUUCUCUUUCUCGCCAUUAGUGUCUUUCUCGCCAUUAAUUUCGCUUUCUUGCUAUUGGUUUCUUUUACCUUUUCUCUGUCACUUUUUCUCACAAUGAUUUUUACUUUUUCUUGCUAUAGCUAUCUCUCUACUUCACUAAGACUGCAUUUUUUAACUAACAGUGAACACUUCAAGGGUUUAGGAUUCUUUAUGCAUUAUAAAGACGGCCAUAUAUUGAAGCCUGUCUGUGCUAGCUGGGAGCAGCAGUGAUACCUUGGUAUCGGGAACUCAUCUGGCCAGAGGGUUGUUCUGAUGCUUCCUUUCCCUUCUGGGAUUAGACCAAUGAACUGUUUACAAAAGAAUUAGCUUGUUAUUUUACAAAAAACCUGGAGCCUGAACCAAGUGUAUAACUGAGAUACAGUUUACCAAUUACAGAGUGAAGACAGUGCCUCAUUCAACAGAUGCACUCCCACCCAGUGCCACUUUGAAUACACUAGUUUCUUUAUAAAUGGUUAUGUAGGUUUCAAGAAGAAGCAAAUUUAGCAGUUGGAUCAUCGUCUUUCAAUGUACCUUGUAAAUAGGCUGUAUUGGUUGGCUGGGGGCUCUGGAAGGGGCUAGGAGAUGGGCUUACAAAAUUUGAUGGAAUAAUUCAUCUCCCGUUGUCAACUAAAAGUGAUUUUAAAUUAAAGCUCAUUGUGUGGGGAAACAAAUGAAUGGAAAAUAUUUAAAUUCUGAUGGGAUAUUUUUAAUCUGGUUACCUGAUUUACUGCUUUUUAUUUCACUAGUUGCUGUUUUAAGUAGUUUGUAUGCUUUAGAAUUCCUUUGUAUAUAUUUUUAGGGUUCUUGUGUUGAUUAUUACCUAUAGGUUAAGCUGCUAAACUUUUCCAAUAUGUUUUAAACCUUUAUAUAAAAAUUGUCCAAACAAAUAUAAUCCUUGGACUUUGUGAAAUUUCACCAUUUCAGAGCCAUGUUUCAAUUAUGCUUGCGCACUUUUCUCAUUGUCAGAAACUAUAAUGCUAUUGUCCACGUUCAAUCAUGAUCUGAACAAACACAACACAGCCAAACAAUGUUGUUCCCAUCGGCUUAAGUUUGGGCUACAUUGGGAAUUCAUUUUAAGUCUGUAGACAAAGUGGCGUUCCUCCUUUCUCUUAAAGAUCUGGUUUAGCGCUCUCUCUUUCUUUACGGUAAUACAUAGGUACAGCAUGUGGGGGCAUUUACUAUCCAGGCUUCCUAUAUUGAAGUCGCUUCCUGAACAAUUCCUGAUCAGAAAAUUGGUCAUUUAGGUGAAAGUGCUGGUCAUUCCUGCAAUGAGAUUCUGCAGGAAGACAGAGUAGGUGGGGGAGGGAAGGAGUGAAAUGGUAGCUAGUUCACCACAAUCUGCACCUGCCAAGAACAAUUUUACAUAGAAUCACAAGAUGUUACCUCUUGUUCAUGAUGUUCCAAUCCCUGUUAUCCUUGUGUUUACACAGCCUUCAUCGCUUUAUACUGCUAUUUAAAUAGAUCCACACCAUUUUCCCUCAUAAGAAGAUGCUUGAGUUGGAAAUGAUCCAACAGGUCAGAUACUGUAUGUGGAAAGUUUACAUUUAGAUAAAGGACUAGUCAUUGAUGUGAAACAUUAAUUGUUUCUCUCUCGCCUGACCUCAAUAUUUCUAGAAUUUUCAAUUUAAUUCAGUAUUCUGGCAACUGCAGCUUGUUGAUGCCACACAGCACAAGGGACCCAGGUUUGAACCUGACCUCUGGUGCUGUUCCUGAAUGCACGUUCUCUCUGUGAAUGCAAGGAUUUCCUCCAAGUGCUCCAGUUUCCUCCUGCAUCCUAAAGUCACGCCUGCAGGUUAAUUGACAUCUGUAAAUUACCUCUUUAAGUGUGAGUUAAUGUUAAGAAGAAUUGAAUGGGAGUUGAUGGACAUGUGUAAGAGAGAAUAAGCAUUGGCGAAAGAGGGUGAAUGGGACUAAUGGAAUUGCUUCCCUGGAAUCUGACAUGAUAGGUGAAGGGCCUCUUUUUGUGUCAUCAUUUUGAAAUUAGUUCCAAUCAAAGUGAACUAUUUUUAGAUCAAAUUACUAUCUUGACGGUCUUGAUCAAGUGCCUAGCGAACCACCACUCAUUCCCUUUCAGUUGUGAAAAUCCUCAGCAAAAAUUUUUUCAGAGCAAUAGAGCACAAAUCUUGGGUAUCUAGACAGCUGCUGCCACCCUUCCAAAUUAACAUUGUGUUUGCUAAGUGAAGGGAAGGAGGUGAGGGAAGGGGCCUGAUGUUGUGGGUAUCAAAAUAAUUGCUGCUGUCAAGCUCAAUAACUUAAUCAUGAGCUUCAACAUACACACUAAAUGAACACCAAUUGCUGAUUGGAAUCCAGGCUUCCAGCUUGGUGCAGGUGUUUGCAAAAUCUGCAUUCCUUGGUUUUUAGCACACUCAACUCUUCAUGUUCUGAACCAAGUCCCACCUGUGCCUGUGUGGCCCAGUGGUGCAGCUGGUAGAGCUCACAGCGCUAAAGACCUGGUUCGAUCCUGACCUUGGGUGCUGUCUAUGUGGAAUUUGCAAAUUCUCCCUGGUUUCCUCCUGGUGCUCCCACAUCCCGAAGACGUGCAGGUUUGUAGGGAUGAAAUGUAGGAUAACGUAGAGUUAGUGUGAAUGGAUGGUCGAUGGUCACUGUGGACAUGGCAGGUCUAAAGGCCUAUUUUCAUGCUGUACCUUUCCAUCAAUAUUGAAAUAUAGAAUAUUACAGGUCAUAAAUCAAAUAAAAACAGAACAUUGUAGAAAUGCUCAGUGGUGGGAGAGAAAACUAAUGUCUAACAUGAAUAAACUUUUCUAAGAACUGGAAAACUACAGAAGAUGGCAGCGGUGAGAGGCAGCUACAUGGGGGGGGGGGGGGUGGAAGUGUCAUAAGCUGUGAAGGGUGAUGGCAGAUAGAGGAUUAAGAGAAUUCAAGGAGAAAGGUAGUACAGAAAUGAUGUCCUAGAUAUAAGAAUUAUUUGGAAUUGCUAUUGAAAAGUAUGUUGGAUACUAAGGAAAUAGAAACAGGUAAAGGUGUAAAUACUCAUAUAAAAUUGUUGAGCGCACUUCUCGUUCACAGGCUGUAAAGUGCUACAUUCAUUGGCCUUUACUCUCCAAAUGGAUUCUCCUGUGGAACAUGGCACUUAAAAGCCAACAAGCAAUGAUUUUAUGUGAAAUCUACUUCAAACCACAUGAGUACUAUACAUAGCUCUGACUGCUACACUUUGGGGAAAAAGGAUGUUGUUCAGGAAAAGGCCAAGCAUAGACUCGAGAAAAUAAUAAAAAUGGUAAAAAAGUUGGCAUUUUUGUUAGAGAAUUUAUUACAACCCAAAGGCAUUCAGCAGUAAAGGGGAAAAUAUAUAUAUAAAAUAGGGCUGAUUUGGAAAAGAGAGGGACAUCAGUUCAGAUUGUGAAAACUAUUGACAAAGUCGGUAGUUGAGACAGGAAAUGUCAACACAGCAAGAUUAUGUUGGGUGGGUAAAUGGAGAAAAUAGGGUUAAAGGGAACAUUGAGGUUGAAGGGGGGGAAACUGCUGGAGGAACUCGGAGGGUCAAGCAGCAUCUGUGGAGGCAAGUGAAUAGUCGACAGGUCAGGUCGUAACCUUGCAUCUUGCUGCAGGUUCACCACUGAAGUGCUAGACAUCCCUUUGCCUCUACAGAUGCUGCCUUACCAGCUGAGUUCGUCCAGCAAUUUGUUUUUUUGUUGCAGAUUCUGCACUCUAUUGUGCCUCCUGGUGUUGAAGAGAUAUGGGGACACGUUGUGAAUGGUAAAGACCGCGGUGUUGGGCCAAGUGUAGUUCCAUAGGUACUUAUAGUUAAUAAGUAAAAUAAUUGAAAUUUCGAUGGACGAGAAGAUAAAUUAGUGUGAGCCAGAGGAACAGCAGGAGGCCUCCAAUUGUAUCUAUAUGUGGAAGGGGGUAGUCAGACUAGAUUUCUGAUUCUGGUAAUUCUAUCAGGGUUGGCUGUACUUUAAAAUCUAUCAAAGAUGACCAACUACUGAGUAUCAGACACUGGUUAUCUCUGAAAACUGUUCCCACCGCAGUGUUAAAAGCACAGUAGGAGAGUAGAAAAUUGGUUAAUAAUUUGCUUUAUUUAUGAUUCCAUUUGUAGCGCUCGGUUCCUGUUCUUAAAAAAAACCCCAUGGCUGCAGACAAUGCAAUAUUAAUCUUUUAAGGGCUAUGUGCAUGUCCAAAGGGGUUCCUUUCUUGUGACAGUAACAAAAGUACAGUUUUCAAUCAUAUAAAUUUAUCAUGAAAUACAGAUGUUGUUCCCCGGGUGAAGGUUGCAUUCAACGGGAUUGUCAUAAACUAAACUGUUCAUUCAACUGAACAUUCUUCCAAAGGUGACUUCAUUUUCUUGUGCUAAAUUUGGAGAAGCUGGAAGUCUUUAUGUAAGUUUCUGGAUUUGGCUGAACAAAAUAAAAACACAUCCCUCGGU